AUGUCCACUGUCGAUGAUGGCAAUUCGUCAUCGGGGGCCGAAUUCGAGGUGUUUUUGAGUUUUAGAGGCCCCGAUACUCGCCUCAACUUCACUGAUUGCCUUUAUCACUCCUUAGACAAAGCUGGAAUUCAAGUUUUCAAAGACGAUGAAAAUAUCCGAAAGGGCAAAAAGAUUGAAGGCGAACUUCUGCGUGUCAUUGAAUCCUCCAAAAUAUAUUUGCCUGUCUUCUCUAGGAACUACGCAUCAAGUAAGUGGUGUCUUCACGAGCUCACACACAUGCUGAAGUGCUCGAGCAAAGCGAAUGACAAAGUGAUCCUACCCAUUUUUUAUGAUGUAAAUCCCGACGAUGUAAAGCUCAAAACUCGAUUGUACUCCAAUGCUCUGAAAAAGCAUGAGAAGAAGUUCAGCUGCAAUCAGAUUCGGCAAUGGAAGGAAGCUUUGACCAAGGUCUCAAAAAUCAAGGGAUGGGACAUGAAGGACAAAGGCCACGGUGAAAUCAUCAACAUUAUCGUUGAUGAGGUUUUGACUAAGCUGAUGAAAAGAAUGAGAAAUCUACCUAAUCAUUUAGUCGGGAUCCAUGAUCAUGUUGAAGCUAUCAUGGACAUGUUAAACAAAGGUUCUCAUGAUGUUCACUACCUGGUCAUCCAUGGAAUGGGCGGUAUCGGUAAGACAACUCUUGCAAGUGCUAUUUUUAAUCAAAUGUCUAGUCAAUUUCAAGGAUGUAGCUUCCUUUCAGACAUUCGUGAAUUUGCACAACAAGGAAGAAUUGUUGACUUACAGAAACAAUUGUUAUCGAGAUUCUCCAAGGUGGAUCUCUAG